AACUCGUCUUCGUCUAUGGUUAAUGGUUUAUUGGAUUACUUUACUGAAAAAAACAUGGAAAAAUCUGAUGAAAAUAUAAAAAUUAUUGAGGAUGUAGAUUCAUUUGAAAAUCGUGAUUCAUUGCUAUAUAGUGACUAUGACAAUACAAGUAAAACUGAUUUUCAGUGUGACUUAACUCUGGAUAAUGAGUCACUUAUGGUAAUUGAAGAUGAUGAUGAUGAUGAUGAUGAUGAUAAUGGUGGUGAUUCAUUGAGUGAUGUUAGUAAUUGUGAAAUUAUAGAUGAGAGAAAAGAAUUGAAUAUACCUACUUCAAUUAAAAUACCAGAACAAAAGAAUACUUUAAAUGAUGAUUUUGAAGAUGAAUCAGAAGAUGAUUCUGAUGCAGAAAUAUAUAACUAUAAGCAAACAAUUGCAAUAAAUAAAAAAAUUGUAUCCACUGCUGCUAUUAAAAAUACUAAACAAAAAGAAAACAAUUCUUUAAAUGUAAAGAAAUUAUUUAUUUCAAAAAAUGACUCCUCUUUUUCUAAAUUAAAUCCUUUGGUAAAAUCUAAUCAAAUUAAAUUAACAUCUGUGGCUACAAUCAACAAUCCGAAAACUAAAUCAUUGGAUUUACAACCAGAGUUGUCAAGUAAUAAAAAAUUUGGUCAUAAAGAUGUUUACAAACUUACAUCUUCAAAGGAUUCAUCAUCAGAUUUUUUAAUAAUUCCACACAAUGGUAUGAAUUAUAUGAUAACCAAAAACACACCUAAAAGAAAUUCAUCAAUGAAGUCUUUAUCAUCUACAUUAAAAAUUCCAAGUACUAUAGUUAAACCAAACGAACAAAAUAAACAGUGCACAGUUAUGUCAUCAAGUUUUGAAAAAAUAGAAGAGUCUAACUCAGUAGCUCGAAUGCAACAACACCAUAGUGAAAAAUGUAAAAUGGUACCAGAUCAAGAACAGUUACCUAUUAAUUUAGAAAGAGUAUUCAAACGAAACUCUAAUUUUAUUAAACAAAAAAUAGCAACAAAUCCUACUUCAAAUGGUCAUAAAGUUGGUGAUUUUUUUCAUCGGGGAAAUUCAUAUCAAUUUGUAAAUACUAGGGAAACUAAAAAUGUUCAGCGUAAAAUUGUACCUACGGCUUCAUCUAUAAAGUCUGCUUUGAGUAGAAUAUCUACAACAAUUGAUUUAACCGAUGACAUAAAAAAUAAAAAGGCUAUUCCUCAUACUGCUACAAGUAAGAAUUCAAGUUCUUUUAUCAAAAAAAGCAAUAUUUAUCGCCAAAGAAGAAGUCCCUCGAAAAGUCCUAUAAUGACCGGAAUUAUUGAUCUGUCAUCAGAUAGUCCACCGUUAAGUUCUUCUGAAUGUGAUGAAAUAACUAAAAAUGAUCAUAAAACAAUUAAGUCAUCAUCUUUAGACUCGUUUAACAAAUCGAAAACAAAAUUUAACUAUUUUAAAAUGCUUAAAAAUGGCGCUAAUGAUUCGAAUGGCCUUAGUGAUGAAAUAUUAGAUGCAAAUUCUUGUGAAACCAGUACAUCAAAAAAUUUACAUAUGAGGCAAGCAGUUAAAAAAAAAUCUAAUAAGAAUAAAGUAUUAUUAUCUCAAGAAGUUAUUAAUUUAAGUGAUCUAAGUGAUUCUUCCAAUGAAGAAAAUAAUGAUACAUCUGAUCAGUUUAUAUCUUGCAAAUAUGAAUAUUGUGAUACAUUAGUGUAUGAACCUGAAUUGAUUGAUGAUUUAUAUUGUAGUUUAGCAUGUAAAAAUUUAGAUUUGGAAAAAAUAAGAACUGAAGAAGAAAAUGUUGUAGAUAAAACUACAAAUCUAUCAAAAACAUCUACAGUUAAUCGAAAACAUGUAUUAUCAAAAUUGGAAAAUAGAAUAAAUAAGAGGAAACAAUUGCUAACAAGUUCUUGCCCAGAUGAUUUGAUUAAAGAAAAUGAUGAUUUUGAUAAACAGUUGAUAAAUUUUUUUAAUAAACCAUCAGUAGAAGAAAAUCAAUCUUCUUUAAAAUUAUCUAAGCCAAUUAGUUCUGUUGAAGCAGUAGUUGAUGAUAAUGGUUAUGAUGUUGAUGAUGACGAUGAUGAUGAUGAAGAUGAUGAUGACGAUGAUGAUGAUGACUAUUUUGAUCUCAAACCUCUCAUAGAAGACAAAGAUGUAUUGAAGUAUAUGAUUGGGAUGCAAUUUAAAUCUGCCCCUAAAAAAUUGUUUGAUAGACCUUUUCCAUCUGAGAAGAACUUAUUUGUUGUAGGACAAAAACUUGAAGGUAUUGACCCCAAGCAUGAAGCAUUAUUCUGUGUAAUGACUGUAUCAGAAGUUUGUGGAUAUCGCAUUAAAUUACAUUUUGAUGGUUAUCCGGAUGAUUAUGAUUUUUGGGUAAAUGCAGAUUGCCCAAAUUUGUUUCAUCCAGGAUGGUGUGAAAUGAAUUCACGGAUUUUACAACCACCAAAUAAUUAUGAAAAUGAAUUUAAUUGGAUUAGUUAUCUUAGAGAGUGUCAAGCUUUACCAGCUCCAAAACACAAUUUUGUCUCUACUAAAAGCAUUAAUAACUAUGAAAAUCAACAUAAAUUUCAUAUCGGAGAUAAAUUAGAAGCAUUAGAUAAAUUAACUCGCACACUUCCAAAACAAUUAAUAUGCGUUGCUACUGUUGCUGAUAUCUUGGGUAAUCGUAUUCGUAUUCAUUUUGAUGGAUGGACAGAUGAUUUUGACUAUUGGACUGAUAUUACAUCUACUAAUAUACAUCCAAUAAGAUGGUGUGAUUACAAUGGUCGAAUUUUGUCUCCGCCUAGUGGUUAUAAUGAUAUGAAAGGAAAAAAACCCUUCAAUUGGACUGAAUACUUGAAAGAAACAAAUAGUAAUCCUGUGCCUGAAGAUGCAUUUGUCCGUCGACCAUUAAGAGACUUUUCUAAUAAAAUGACAAUUGAGGUGGUUGAUCUUGUUGUUCCAAGACUAUUACGAAUUGCUAGAGUAGUAGAUGUUAGAGGUGAUGAACUAAAAAUUGUUUAUGAUGGAUUUGAUGAUAAUUACGCCUACUGGGUUGAAGAUGAUAGUCCAGAUAUCCAUCCUGUUGGAUGGUCUGCAAAGACUAACCAUCCAAUUGAACUACCUCCAGCACCUAAUAAACUAUGGAAUUGCCAUAUCCUUGGCUGUAAGGGUUAUGGAAAUUCAUCAAAUAGAUUAAAAAAUGAUCAUAAUGAAUUAAGAGAUUGUCCGUAUGAAAUGGAUUCAUGGAAAACAGCUGUAGCUGGGUUAGGAAAGAUGCCUGAUCGAUUAAAAGCUAAUAAUGUUUUAAUUACCACAAAAUUAACAAGUUCAAAAUCUAAAAGCAAUAUACAUCAGGCUAACGAAAAAAAAAAAAAAAAACCGAAUACAGAAUAUAAUAAUUUGUUUAAGAUCAAAGAAAAAAUAAAUGAAAAAAGAUUAAACCUUAUGUUAGAUACAAAUAAUAUUGAAUCAGAAUGUAAUUCUGAUAAUAUAAAUUCAUUUUCUAGUAACAUUCCAAGUAGCAAUAAUAACAACUUGCGGAAAGCACUUGGCUUAUCUCUUGUGGGUUAUAAUUUGGGUUCGAUAUAUAUGGAACAACAAUGCAAUUACUGGACCAGACAUAAUGCUCAACUAGGUAUACCAUUAUUCAAUACUACUGAUGCAAGAACAUGGUCUGUUCAAGAAGUGGCCUCAUAUGUUAAAAAAGUAGUUGAAACUAAUACCUCAAAAAGUUCUAAUACUAAUGAAGAAAUUAGUAUAUCAGAUCGGUUCAUUAAUCAAGAAAUUGAUGGUGAGUCAUUUUUAAUGUUAAAUCAAGAUGAUAUAAUGAAUAUAUUAAAAGUUCCACUUGGUCAUGCAUUAAAAUUAACCAAUGCCAUUAUACUGUUAAGACAACGUAGCUUUGGGAUUGAUUUAUUUGACAACCUUCCUCAACAUUAAAAUAUUGACUUAAACUAAUAAUUUGAAAUUGUAUUUCUUAAUUGACUAGUGUUAUAUUUUUAUUUUUAAAACUUUAAUUUUAAGUAUUUUUUUUCUAAGUAUUUUUGUGUUCUCCAUGAUAAAUUAUAGUUACCUUUGUAUAUUUAUGUUUUGUAAAUAAAAACAACUGUUACAAAAAAAAAAAAAAUUAAAUAUAAUAUAAUUAUAUUAUUUUUUA